AUGGCUGCUCCCCGACUUUUCCGCCCUGCAGCUCGUCUGCUCUCCUCUCGCCUUUCCGCGGCUCGUCCGGCCUUCCCUCAGACCGCUUGCGCUCCCUCUCUGUUGCGCUUCCGUGGAUAUGCCACUGGCGGUACCAAGGAGGUCACUGUCCGUGAUGCGCUGAACGAGGCUCUUGCGGAGGAACUGGAGAGCAACCAGAAGACGUUCAUCAUGGGAGAGGAGGUCGCACAGUACAACGGAGCUUACAAGGUCACAAGGGGUCUGCUGGACCGCUUCGGUCCCAAGCGGGUUAUUGAUACCCCGAUCACAGAGGCAGGCUUUUGCGGUCUGGCUGUCGGCGCCGCCCUCGCCGGUCUGCACCCUAUUUGCGAAUUCAUGACCUUCAACUUUGCCAUGCAAGCCAUCGAUCAGAUCAUCAACUCCGCCGCUAAGACCCACUACAUGUCUGGAGGUAUCCAGCCUUGCAACAUCACUUUCCGUGGACCCAACGGUUUCGCUGCGGGUGUCGCCGCUCAGCACUCUCAGGAUUACUCCGCUUGGUACGGUAGCAUUCCCGGUCUCAAGGUGGUUUCUCCCUGGAGCUCCGAGGAUGCCAAGGGUCUGCUGAAGGCUGCUAUCCGGGACCCCAACCCCGUUGUGGUUCUGGAGAACGAGCUUAUGUACGGCCAGGCUUUCCCCAUGAGCGAGGCCGCUCAGAAGGACGACUUCGUCCUGCCCAUCGGCAAGGCCAAGAUUGAGCGCCCCGGAAAGGAUCUUACCAUUGUCUCUCUCUCCCGCUGUGUCGGACUCUCCAUGAACGCUGCCGCAGAGCUGAAGCAGAAGUACGGUGUGGAGGCUGAGGUGAUCAACCUUCGCUCUGUCAAGCCCCUUGAUGUGGAGACGGUCAUCCAGUCCCUCAAGAAGACUGGCCGCAUCAUGUGUGUCGAGUCCGGAUUCCCCAUGUUCGGUGUUGCCUCGGAGAUCAUGGCUCUGUCGAUGGAGUACGGCUUCGACUACCUCACGGCCCCUGCUGUCCGUGUCACUGGUGCUGAGGUUCCUACUCCUUACGCCGCCGGCCUGGAGCAGAUGAGCUUCCCCCAGGAGGACACCAUUGUCAGCCAGGCUGCCAAGCUUCUCCGCCUGUAA